AGACAGACAGAAAAACAUGAGGAAGUCAUUUAUCAUGAACAGGACACUUGCACUCUGUCCACGGACAAUUAUGGUAACCAAUGGACCUCUUUAUCAUCUUACUUUAUCCAGUAAAAAUGGGACAUUGGAUGAUGAGCCAGAUACUGAUGCACCAUAUGACUAUUAUGACUACUAUGGUGGAUAUGUUGAUUCUUCUGGAUUUUCCUGUGUUUAUGAAGAUCAUGGAGCUAGCAUUCUUCCUGUGCUAUACUCCCUGUUUUUUGUGGUGGGCUUUCUGGGUAACAUAAUGGUGAUCUGGGUGGUUUUGAUGGGUGUGAAGCUGAGAAGUAUGACUGACAUCUGUCUGCUUAACCUGGCUUUCGCUGACCUGCUCUUGGUCUGCUCCCUCCCCUUCCUGGCACACUAUGCCAGAGACCAGUGGAUCUUUGGAGAUGUUAUGUGCACUGUGGUCCUCAGUGUCUACCACAUUGGAUUCUAUAGUGGGAUAUUCUUUAUUGUACUGAUGAGUGUUGAUCGGUACUUAGCUGUAGUUCAUGCUGUGUUUGCCCUGAGAGUCAGAACAAGGACAUAUGGGAUCUCAGCAAGUGUGGUCACAUGGAUUGUCGCUGUUUCUGCAUCCUUUCCGGAGUUGAUGCACCUAAAAACUACAGAAAACAAUGAACAAAAAUAUUGCAUAUCUUCUCCAACAAAUGAUCAAAAUUCUUACCUUUCUUCAAGGACUUUUGGUAUCUUGAAAAUGAAUGUUAUGGGUUUAAUUCUCCCUCUUAUUGUGAUUGGAUUUUGUUACUCAAUGAUUUUAAAGAGACUCCUGACAGCUCGCUCUACCAGGAGGCAGUCCAUGCACCUUGUCAUCAUGGUGAUGGUGGUCUUCUUCUGCUGUUGGGCUCCAUACAAUGUCACCGCUUUUGUGAAAGCCUUAGAACUGAAUGAGCUCAUAACUCAAUCUUGUGACAGCAGUAAGGCAAUCAAUCUAAGUCUGCAAAUCACAGAAGCUUUGGCUUACUCACACAGUUGCCUGAACCCCAUUUUCUAUGUGUUUGUGAGAGAGAAAUUUAGAAGGCAUCUUUUCAAACUCCUGUACAGGACAUCCUGGACUAGACUGCAAUUCGUAAAUAACUACAUUACACAGGCCACUGUAUCAGUUUACCCACACAGCACCAAUGAUGAGAGAACUAGUACAACAGUUUAAAUUGGGAAAAGACAGUCAAAAAUAAUUUUUAAACGCAGGGCUGUCCUUAGGGCAGUGCAAUUGGUAGAACCGGGCCCCGUAACGAACGGACAGAGGGGGGGCCGGGAACACGAAUGUUCCGAGGAGGCCCUGCUCCUUGCCCCACGCCAACUUGGGACAGCCCUGUUUAAAUGUGUAUAUACUAAUUUGUUUUUAAGCUACCAGCAUUGAUGUUGAGAUUUUAAAAGUUGGGGAACUCUGCACCCAGAGUAUGUUGUAUUUGGGGGAGAUGUUAAUUCAUGUAGUUUAUCACUUGCAACCCCAUGGCCCUUUCACCUUUCACACCAAACGUCAGGGCCACAACUGUUACUAGUGUUGACGACCCUGUAUG